GACUUGCUCAAGUAACUGCUACCACAUAGAGAAUCCUGAUCCAAGUCGAAGCACAGCGGAGCUAACAACUGCACCACAUAAACGGAGUACUUAGAACACCAAAGGAUGGCCGCGAAUCCCCAAUGGUUAAGGCUUAACAUUCUAGUUCUGCUCCUCCAGCUGGGCGGAUUGAACCUCAUCCAUGCCAACACCGAGGCAUGCAGCAAUCGGCAGCAGCAAUGCCCAUUGCAGCCGCUGUAUCGCUCAAUCAACGAUCAUCGAAGUGACCUAGAGGAAUACGACGAGCAUCUUAUAUAUAGACAAGUAAAUGAGAGGAAUCACAAGCCAUUGCAUCGGGAGGACAGUCGGCGCGAUGAUUGGUCAGCACGACUAGACCCAGAGGAUCGCGUACAGUUGCUUGCUCGUGAUGACAGGCGGGACACUCGCAGGGAAGUGCGACACACUGCUCGUCGCGAUCAUGUUCGCCGAGAGGCUGAACGUGGAGAUACCCGUGAUGAUACUCGCCGAGUGCAUCUGCAACGGGAAGUAAGCUCUGUUCUCCGGAGACAGGACCACGACGAUAAUCGUAGGGAACAACGCAACAAUUUCCGAAGGGAACAACGUGAUGCUGUUAACCGAGAUGACCGUGUAGAUCUCCGAAGGGAAAGCCACUCUGAUAUUCGAAGGGAGGAGCGUGAUGAUCUUCGCAUAGAAAGCCGCAAUGAUUUCCAAAGAGAGGAACGUGAUGCCAAUCGCCAAAAGGAACGCGAAGAUCUUCGAAAGGAAAGCUCUGAUCUCCGAAUGGAAGAACGUUUUGAUGUUCGGCGAGAAGAACGCGAAAAGGAUAUCCGCCGAGAGGAACGUGAUGCUAUUCGCAUGGAGUCCCGCAAUGAUUUCCGAAGAGAGGAACGCGAUGAUAUUCGUCGAGAAGAUCUCCGAAGGGAGGAACGUGAUGAUCUUCGCACCGUAAGUCACAACAAUUUCCAAAGAGUGGAACGUGAUGAUAUCCGCCGAGAGGAACGUGAUACUAUUCGCAUGGAGUCCCGCGAUGAUUUCCGAAGAGAGGAACGCGAUGAUAUUCGCCGAGAAGAUCUCCGAAGGGUAGUACGAUCUGAUCUCCGUAGGGAAGAACAUGAUGAUAUUCGUCGAGAGGAACGCGAAGAUUCCCGAAGGGAGGAACGUGAUGAUACUCGGCGAGAGGAAAGCGAAAAGGAUAUCCGCCGCGAGGAACGUGAUGAUAUCCGCAUGGAAAGCCGCGAUGAUUUCCGAAGGGUGGGUGACUAUACUCGCCGAGUGACACGCGAAGACCUCCGAAGGGACGAACGCUAUGAUAUUCGCCGGGAAGAUCUCCGAAGGGUAGUACGAUCUGAUCUCCGUAGGGAAGAACAUGAUGAUAUUCGUCGUGAGGAACGCGAAAAUUCCCGAAGAGAGGAACGUGAUGAUGCUCGCCGAAAUGUAGAUUCUCGAAGCGAAAGACGGUCUGAUCUCCAAAGGGAGGAACGUGAUGAUAUUCGUAUGGAAAGCCGCGAUGAUUUCCAAGGGGUGGGUGAUUAUACUCGCCGUGCGGAACGCGAAGACCUACGAAGGGAGAAACGCAACGAUAUUCGCCGAGAAGGUCUCCGAAGGGAAGGACGCUUUGAUCUCCGUAGGGAGGAACAUGAGGAACACGAAGCUGCCCGAAGAGAGGAACAUGAUGAUGCUCGUCGAAAAGAGGACAUACGAAGCGAAGGACGAUUAGAUCUUCGAAGGGAGGAACGUGAUGAUAUUCGCCGAAAGGAACGCGAAGAGGGCAUCCGUCGAGAAGAGCGCGAACAUCUCCGAAGGGAGGGACGAGAUGAUUUCCGAAGGGAAGGACGCUCUGAUCUCCAAAGGGAGGAACGUGAUGACGAUACACGAAGAGAAGAACGCUCCGAUCUCCGAAGGGAACAGCGUAAUAAUAUUCGUGAUGAUGCAUUGCGACGACUUGAGUUACGAGAAGACAUUCAGCGAUGUGGAAAUGAGGAACGUGACAGUCGUCGCUGUGAGGAUCGGUUGCUGCGUGUGGAUGCAGAGCGCGAUGAAAGGCGUGCCAAUCGGGAGGGUAUGCGACGAGUUGAAAUUGAGACUACACAAAGUCAUGAUCGAGAAGUUCGAGACUCCGAUAUGGUGUCUCGUCGUGGACUUCAACCUGAUGGCCUUCAGCAGACAGAACGUAAUAGUCGUCGUGGAGAGGAACGCACUGUACAACUACGUGAAGCCCGCGAUACAUCUCGAAGACAGGAGCGUGAAGCUCGUCGGGAUGUAACGCGCGCAGAGCGCGAAACUCGACGACAGACUGAACGAGUUGAUCUGUUGGACACUGCUCGAAGACAGCAGCUCGAGACCCGCCGUCGUGUGAACGUGGAACGAGAUGAGAUGAAUCAAAUAAAUCAAGAGAGGAAACAAGAACGGGAAGAACUUCAGCGCUCAAGUGUUGUUCGACAAGAGGAAAGAAACGAUCUCCGCCAUGUAAGUCGUGGAGAACGCACUGAUUUCCGUCUCGUAAACCGUGAGGAGCGAACACAGAAACGCGAAGAUCGUCAACGUGUUACGGAAGACAUGCGGCGGAUCGUUGGCUCUCGGCGUGAAGAGCGUUUUGAAGAUCAACAUGAGAAUCGACGAGACGAACGCGUUGUUAUCCAACGAGAGGAUCGCAUGGAGCGGCGAGCGAAUCAAGAGGUCGACCGCCGUCAUCAAGAGCGAGAUAUCUCCCGCAGCCAGAGACACGAGCAACGCGGUGAAUCUCGAAGAGAAGAUCGUGAUGCCGAUAUCUCUCGACGUGGAGAACGUAUUGAUAUGCGGGAAGACAAUCGACAACAGAUCGAAAAUCUUCGUGGCAUGGAACGUCGUGAACGCGAGACUUUAGCCGAUAGGGGGUCAAUGGAGAAUGAGAGGCGUGAACGUCGAGAAGAUGCUAGGUUGAGUGCCCGUGUCAUAUCGUCAGCGUAUAAGAGCAAUAGUCUGGCAGACCAAAGGCUGUUGGCCUGGCUAAGCAAUAACUCCAGCAAACAGAUUCUUUUGAUUACAGGUCAAGCGCUAAUUUUGCUAGUACUCUACACAAAGUUGAACAGCCGUAAAGGACAUGAUCUUGGACACACACUGGGUCAUCAUAUCCAGGGCUUUAUGCAUCCGGCCGGCUGUUAAGGCACACGGCGAACACGACAAACACGGCUUUACGAGAAACUUGAUAACCUGAAACGCAUAAGUACCUAAGCAAAUAUACAUACAUAUAUACGAAAAUGCUAUUUAAUGAAACCCUUCGUUCCCACAUACCGAGCAACGAGUUGAAUGCCGAGAGUGGAUCUGAGAGAUGUGUUUGCAAAUGUAUUCUACAAUUUAUUCUAACUGUUACUGUAAACUGUAAACUGUAAACUGUAAACUACACUGAACUACAAGCAAAUAUAUAAGUUAUACAUAGUUGAGCAUAUGC